AUGUCUUUCAUUAUCAACAACACCAACUCUGUCAUGGACUACGCCUCAAUUCCAGCUGAUAAGCUAAUCACGAGUGAACUGAAUGGUCAGUACGUCAGAGCCCAGUUAUGCUUCAAGGAGGACAGCAACUCGUUGUCUCUCCUUCACUUGCUCAACAAUAGCUACAUGUACUUGGACGAUAGUGUAAUUCAUGCACUCUCCCAAUACUCCUCGAUUGCCGAGGAGGUGGCAAUCACCAUCUUCCUCCCAUUACUCGCCUCUCAACACUCUGGACUUAACGCCAAGCUCCCUAUGUUUCUGAGCCGCACCGUCUCGACUCUUAACACCUUCACGAGCCUCAAGUCCUUGAAGAUCGCCUUCGAACUUGAUUCUGACACUUUCGAGUGGAACCAGUUCAAGCACGCGGCUGUCUUUUACGACUUGGAGUUUCAGGAAUGGAAACUUUGGCUGAAAGUCGCUAAGGCGACCAAGGCUAAAGUAUUCUACAAGGGUGAGAAUACUCUUUGCGGAUGGACUCAGAUUCUUUCUGGGUCUCGCAUGGAGCGCCGACUCUCAGGGCAAUGGCGAGCUUGGAAGGUAGUUGAGGAGAAGAAGGCCUGA